AUGGCUCGGAAGAUCAUCUCUUGGUUCCGUCUAGUUGGUGAGGCAAUCACUGUGUCUCUUUCACUGAAUGUGGAUGUGAAGUAUGUGUCCAAGAAUCCCUUGACUAAGAAGUUAUGGAUCUUUAUCUUUGAAGAGGUGAAACGUAAAUCCAAGAAUAAGAUUGAUCAGAUGAAUGAAGUAUUUGAGUCUAUAGGUCAUUUGUUUCUCAAGAGUUUGGAGGAUAGUGAUUACACCGAUCUUUUAGAGUAUGUCACCGAGGCUUAUGACGCUAAUAUUAUAGUCUGGCAUCUUGCUACUGAAAUAUGUUACAACAUAGAGAAAAACAUAGUUGGAGAUGACAAAAGGGAAUUUAGCAAAAUCCUCUCUGACUACAUGUUCUAUCUUUUAGUUAAUCAGUCUAAUGUGAUGUCCACUGUGAUGGGAAUUUUCCAUGAGAGAUUAAGGGAUACAUUCUAUGAACUAGAGGAUAUCAUCCUAGGUGUUGCAUCCAAGGAUGUGGAGGGGGCAUGUAUGGAACUGUUUAAGCGUGGUGCGAAACCGCCUUCUCCCCGGUAUCCUAGAUCCGCGGUUUUCCUGGGGAUCAAAUUGGCCAUGAGGAUGGAAAGCCUCAAGGAAAAGAAGUGGGAGGUGAUGAGUGGAGUGUGGGUCGAGAUGCUGGCUUUUGCCGCGACUCAUGUCAAGGGAGAGGCACAUGUGCAGAUAUAUCCUAAUGACAAGUCAUUAGUGAUCCCAGCAACAUUGGUGUUUCUUGCCGGGAUCAUAAAAAAUGCAGAAAGGACAGUGGCACUUACUUUCUCGAGCCUUCUGGUGCUCAAGGAGUGGUGA